AUGUUGACUGUUGGACGGUGCGGCAGGCAGGCAGAUAUCAAUUCUCAGGCAGUUGCAUGUCUGUUAGGUACAGCAGAAACCAGCCCAGAUGUUGUGCAGCUGCUGAGGGGCCACAUAUUGUUUCAGGAUCUGGGAAAUGCAGGGCUACAUCUUAUUCCACCUGCGGUCCUGCGUCUCCAGUACUUGGAGGAGCUACACCUGGAGGGGAACCAGAUUGAGGAGAUCCCAGCUGAGAUUGGUUCACUACGAAGACUCAGGGUUUUGUACCUGAACAACAACAGGCUGAGCAGGAUCUGUGAUCAGCUUGUGGAGUGCCGGAACCUCCAGAGUCUGGAUCUGAGUGACAAUCCGCUGGCUUGUGGAAUCCCCACACAGACACUGUGCCGUCUCCAGGCAUUGCAGGAACUACGACUGUCCAAUCUGAAUUUAGUGCAGCUUCCAGCCCAGAUCUGUAAGAAACUGCAUCACCUCCAGUUGCUCGGAUUAUCAGGGAACAAUCUGACGACCUUACCCUGUGAGAUCCGGAACCUGACCCAACUGCAACAACUUCACUUGAAGAGCAACAAGUUGCAUGGUUUGCCACCAGGACUUUGCCAACUGCUGAAACUGGAAGUUUUGAAUUUGAGACAGAAUUUAUUGAAUUGUCUUCCUGAUGAUAUUGGUUCUCUGAAAAACUUAAAGCAUUUAUAUUUGAGCCACAACAAGCUCACGACCAUGCCGGAAUCCCUUGUCAAAUGUCUCAGUAUGUGUGUAUUAGAUAUUAGUGGAAAUAGACUACAUGCCAACGUCAAAGCAUUGCCAGCCAGUCUGACUGAAUUAGCUGUCUCUGAUAAUCAGCUCCACAUACUUCCAAAAGCUAUCUGCAAUUUGGCUGACUCCUUACAGCUUCUGUAUCUGAAAAACACACAGUUAAAGAAAUUAAGCUAUUGUUUCUCCAAUUUGACAGAAAUUCGCUUCUUGGAUCUCAGUCAAAAUCCCCUUAGGUACUUUCCAAAGCAAAUAUGUGACCUGUCUCAAUUGGAGAUGCUCUCGCUGGAUGACAGUAAAUUAAAAGAGGUGGCUGCCGAAAUAAAGAACUUAACUAAGCUGAAGGUUCUUGGUCUGACUGGAAACAGGUUCCGGACUUUUCCACAGGAGAUCUGCUGCAUUGAUUCUCUGGAGAAAUUGUACUUGGGGCAAGAUCAUGGGAUGAAAUUAAUCCAUGUGCCUGAGGAGAUCACCCACCUUGUGAAACUGAAAGAAUUGUAUCUUGAGAACAAUGAAAUUGAGUUUUUGCCAUCAACGAUUGGGCUGCUCCAGAACUUGACUGUACUUGACUGUCAUGAAAACCGUCUGUUGGAGAUUCCUGACUCAAUAUCAGAUAUUCAAGGAUUACGGAAGCUUCUACUGAACUGUAAUCGCAUAUCUCAUCUCCCAGCGAAUUUAGAUCAUUUGCAAAAUCUGGAAAUUCUAUCCCUGGAGAGAAACCCAUUGGAGAAGCCUUUGGAUGAAAUUUGCUUGCACGGAGUUUCUGCCAUAUUCCAAUACCUACAGACAAAGAGGAUCCAAAAGAUCAGUGCAACCAAGAUCCAGGCCUGGUGGCGUGGAUUAAUGGUGCGGAAGGAACUGGGUCCUUUUCAGAAUUUGUUUCCAAAUAAGAACAAAAAAGGGAAAAAGAACAAGAAAAAUAAUAUAAAGAAAGGAAAAAAAAAGUAA